UCAAGAUGGGGUCCGAACACGAUGAAGUUAAACAGAGAGAUUUGAUGUACAGAUUGAUGAUAAGUCAACUGUUCUAUGAUGGACAUCAAAAACUGGCUGUGUCACUAUCAACUCUAGUGAAGGCCCAUCCAGCCUGUCCGCCUUCUGACCGACUUUUCAAGGUGCUCAAAUAUGGUCUGGAGAUAGAGGAAGAGAUCCAUGGAAAGGAACUGAUAGGAUCAGAGAAUGUGGCCCCAGGAUCUGGUAUAGACUUGGAAUAUGAAACAGAUGUCCAAACCAUAUCACCAGAGGCAGCAUUGUAUGAGACCUGUUAUGUGACUGCUCACAAGGGGCCAUGUCGUGCAGGGGCCUUUCACAGUGGAGGGAAGCUGAUUGCUACCGGAUCAGAGGAUUCUUCUAUCAAGAUUUUGGAUGUUGAGAGGAUGUUGGCUAAGAGUGCUACACCAGCUGAAAUCAUCGCCAUGGAAACACCUCAACAAGCCAUGGAAAACCAUCCUGUCAUAAGAACUUUAUAUGAUCAUAAUGAUGAGGUGACCUGCCUAGACUUUCAUCCAAACCAUCAAAUUCUGGCUUCUGGCAGCAAAGAUUACAGCAUCAAAUUCUUUGAAUAUUCUAAACCCUCAGUUAAAAAAGCAUACAAAAGUAUACAGGAAGCAUCAGAGGUACGCUGUCUGUCCUUCCAUCCCUCUGGUGAAUAUAUCCUGUGUGGUACUAAACAUCCCACAUUACGUCUGUAUGAUGUGAACACAUUCCAGUGUUUUGUUGGACGUCACCCAAGCCAUCAACACGAGGGACCACUAACAGCAGUGAAAUGGUGUCCUAAUGCCAAUUUAUUUGUGACAAGUUCUAAGGACGGUGACAUCAAGAUCUGGGAUGGAGUUAGCAAUCUCUGUAUUAACACAUUCAAAAAGGCACAUGAUGGCAAUGAGGUCUGCUCUGUCACCUUUUCCAGGAAUUCAAAGUAUGUAGUGUCAAGUGGUAAAGACUCACUGGUGAAGCUAUGGGAACUGUCCACUAAUAGAUGUCUAAUUGUAUACACGGGAGCAGGGGCUACUGGCAAACAGCAGCACCGCACUCAGGGGGUAUUUAACCACACAGAGGAUUAUGUGUUGUUUCCUGAUGAAGCUACAACAAGUCUGUGUUGUUGGGAUUCCAGGAAUGCUGAAAGACAGCGACUGCUGUCAUUAGGUCACAAUGGUGCAGUUCGAUACAUUGCACAUUCACCAACAGGCCCAGCAUUCAUUACAUGUAGCGAGGACUUCAGAGCACGUUUCUGGUACAGGAAAGCAGACACCGACUAAUUCUAGUCUCUCAUUGUUGAACAUUUUCAUUGACAUUCAUCAAAGUCAUGAUAUCAAAUAUUUCAUGUGGUGUAUGAUACCUUUCAUUGAUAAUUUUCAUAUUUUGUUGUCAUUCUUUUCUCAUCAAUAUAAAUAUGGUGUGAAAGUUUAUUUGAACUGAUGAAAGGUAUAUCAUUUCUGUAUGAUUCGUUAGUUCAAGGAGAUGUUAUCCAUAUAAUGUACAUUAGUUAACAAAAGAAAUAGUAAGCAUUGCUGUUGUUUAUACUUUAUGUAAAAGUACUGCAUCAGUCUACUGCAAUCGUAACUUAACCCAUAGUGAAUGAUUGCUGCAAAAGACAGCAUUUUGAAUGAAUGUGACUAGAUAGAGUUUGUGCUAACUAGAUAUUUUUUCAACAGAAUGGCCAUGACUGGUUGUGAAUUAUCACAGAGAUUUUGUGCUGACUAGAUAGUUAUAAACAGGAUGGUCGUGACUGAUUGUGAAAUAGUCAAAGACGUUUUGUUCUCACUUGACAUAUGACAGGAUUAGCAUGACUGAUUGUGAGGUACCUCGUAGUCAAAGACAUUUUGAUCUCACUUAACCUUUAUAUAACAGGAUCAGUAUGGCUGGAUUAUCAAGUAACAUCUACAUUUGUACCUCUGAUUACCACCUGCACUCAUGUGUUCAAACUUCUAUAUAAAUUUAAAAACAACAAAUAUUAAGUACAACUAUUCUCUAAAAGAAUAAUUGACAUGAUUCACAAUUCAUAUCGAUUAUAAGAAGACGGAAUAGAGGAAUACCUUGCACCUGUCGGAAAGAAAAUAGAAAUGAACAACUUGUCUGUGUCGAAAGUAUAUACAUGGCAGUUUGUAAAAUUUUUGGUAUUGAGUGUACAUGACAAUCAAAUGGAGACUACCUGUAAUUGUACAGAUGAGAAAUAUCUUCGAUACAUGUUGAUGAUGUACUGUGUUUUGUCUUAACUACAUUUUGUAGUACAAAUAAACAAAAUUAAAUUUA